GAUAAAAACUUGUAGAUAGGUUUAUCACUUAAAUGAGUCAUUAUGAAGUAAUUAAAUACUGAGCCUUGACUUGAAUGACUAUAAAUGAAUGAAAUUCAGUGAGUCCAUUAAGUUCCCUUCACUCACUACAAAAUCAAUUACUGUCUCCCAUCUCUACCCAACCAGAAAAACAAUGUCUUCAUCUCUGUACUUUCUCAUCUUCUUCCUUGUUCAUAUAUUCAUGGCUUCUUCUUCUGCAGAAUUACAACAUGGGUUUUAUAAACAAACUUGUCCAAACGCUGAAUCCAUUGUCAAAAAAGUGUUGAGAAACGCCAUGGUCAAAGAACUCAGGGUUUCUGCUUCUGUCAUGAGAUUACAGUUCCAUGACUGCUUCGUUAAUGGUUGUGAUGCAUCUCUGUUACUAGAUGAUACACCAACGAUGCUUGGUGAAAAACUAUCACUCUCUAAUAUUAACUCGUUAAGAUCAUACGAAAUCAUCGAUGAAAUUAAGGAGGAGUUGGAGAAACACUGUCCAAAUGUUGUUUCUUGUGCUGAUAUCAUAAUCAUGGCUUCUAGAGAUGCUGUUGUCCUGAGUGGAGGACCAAAUUGGGAAGUGAAGUUGGGCAGAGAAGACAGUUUAAUAGCAAGACAAGAAGAUUCAGACAAAAUCAUGCCAAGUCCAAGAGCAAACGCAACAUAUCUAAUAGACCUCUUUGCGAAAUUCAAUCUCUCUGUCAAAGAUUUAGUAGCACUUUCUGGGUCUCAUUCAAUCGGUAACGGAAGAUGUUUCUCAAUAAUGUUUCGUCUUUACAAUCAAUCAGGAUCAGGUAAACCAGACCCAGAGCUUGAAUCAGGGUACAAAUCAAAACUGAACAAGCUCUGUCCAAUUGGUGGUGAUGAAGAAGUUAUUGGUGAUCUUGAUGCAACACCACAUUAUUUUGAUAAUCAGUAUUUCAAGGAUUUGGUUUCUGGGAAAGGGUUUUUGAAUUCUGAUCAGAGUUUGUAUUCUGCUGGUGAACCGACGAGGAAGUACGUGAAGAUGUUUAGUGAGGAUGAAGAUGAGUUUUACAGAGCUUUUGUUGAAGGGAUGGUGAAAAUGGGGGAUUUGCAGUCUGGGAAAGCUGGUGAGAUUAGGAAGAAGUGUAGAGUUGUCAAUCCAUGGAGGAUUAGUGGAAAUGGGUUUUGGUUUGCCAACUGAUUAAGGGAUUGAUUAUUAUUAUUAUUUAACUUAAUUGGGGUAGAGUCUUUUUGUUAAAGCAAUCUUUACUAGUUUUCUGA